CACUGUUAAAGAAUCAGUCACGUCUCUCUUUUUCUGUAAGAAAAAGCCCCUCUGGUCUGAGUCCUCCAGUCUGCUCUGACUUGGUUGUGUCAGAUAAAUAGGAUGACCCAUCAGUUUCCUCCUCUCACCACCGAGCAAAAGAAGGAGCUACAUGAGAUUGCUCGGCGCAUAGUGUCUCCAGGAAAAGGCAUCCUAGCUGCAGAUGAGUCCAUAGGCAGCAUGGGAAAGCGUUUAAAUCAGAUUGGGGUUGAGAACACAGAGGAGAACCGCCGUCUCUACCGUCAGGUGCUCUUCACGGCUGAUGAUCGCAUUGAUAACUGCAUUGGUGGAGUUAUCUUCUUCCAUGAAACACUCUAUCAGAACUCUGAUGAUGGCAUCCCAUUCGUUAAGAUGAUAAAGGACAAAGGCAUCACUAUAGGAAUCAAGGUUGACAAAGGAGUAGUCAACUUGCCAGGAACAAAUGGAGAGACCACUACACAAGGUCUCGAUGGGCUCUCAGAACGCUGUGCUCAGUACAAAAAGGAUGGAGCUGACUUUGCAAAGUGGCGCUGCGUGAUGAAAAUCAGUAAUACAACCCCAUCCAACCUGUGUAUUGCGGAAAAUGCAGAAGUUCUCGCCCGCUAUGCUAGCAUUUGUCAGCAGCAUGGGAUUGUACCCAUAGUGGAACCUGAGAUCCUACCUGAUGGAGACCAUGAUUUGAAGCGCUGCCAGUUUGUCACAGAAAGGGUGCUUGCAGCAGCCUACAAAGCUAUGUUUGAUCAUCAUGUUUAUCUGGAAGGCACACUACUUAAGCCCAAUAUGGUGACCCCUGGACAUGGCUGCCUAACCAAAUACAGUGCAGAGGAAGUUGCUAUGGCAACGGUCACUGCCCUGCGGCGCACUGUCCCACCUGCGGUCGCAGGAGUGACAUUUCUCUCAGGAGGCCAAAGCGAAGAGGAGGCUUCCAUCAAUCUGAAUGCCAUCAAUAACUGCCCACUAGCGAAGCCCUGGUCUCUCACCUUCUCGUUUGGCCGAGCUCUGCAGGCCUCAGCUCUGAAGACCUGGCGUGGACAUAGAGAGAAUGAGAACGCUGCAACCGAGGAAUUCAUCAAACGAGCAGAGAUCAACAGUCUGGCAUCUCAAGGGAAGUACACCAUUGGGGGUGACAACAGUGGAGCCACUGGUCUAUCUCAUUAUCUCUCCAGCUAUGCAUAUUGAAAUGCCACUCUCUCCUAUACUCCAGCAUUAGCUGAAAUGUCACUGCCACUUACAUAUAAAACACUUAACAUAUGUAGAUUGAUUAUUUAUUAUUAACUCAUACAUGUGAUGUUAAUACAAAAUGGCACAAGAAAGUCACCACAGUGAGUUUUUGUUGUUUUUAGUAUUUUGUGAUGUUUCCUGCUAGUCUUAAAAACAUUAUAAAACGUAGCUUCUGUUGCAAAGACUGUGCUUUAGAAAAAUAAUGAAAAUGAUGCAACUGGCAGGUUUAUUAAUAAAGUAACAAGUGACUCUGUAAUAGAGGUAGACCGAUAUAUUGGUUUUACUGAUUAAUCGGUGCCGGUAAUUGCUUUUUGGAACUAUCGGUUAUCAGUAAAAAUAAAUGUCUGUGUUGCCGAUAGUUUUUAUAUUAUUCAUCUGUGGCCGCCGCUGAAGGAGUCUACAGUUAGAGCAACUUGGUUAUACUGUGUAACAGCGGUCUUUAGAGGUGAAAUAUAAACAAUCACUGACUGAGGCCAACAUUUGGGAUUUUAUUAGCAAGGAAAAGCUAAGAAAGUUUUUUUUUAACAUUCUAUAAAUCAAUUAAAAAAAUUAUUGGCCGAUUAAUUGGUUAUCUGCCUUUUUCACCACCUUAGUUAUUGGUAUUUGUAAAAUCCACUAUCGGUCAACCUCUACUGUGUAAUAAUGAUCCUUAUCACUAACAUUUAAGGGUUUUUGUUCACAAGUUUCUAACUUGUGCUAUGCUUUCGAGUUCCACCCGUUCAUCAUUUAAAAGCUUUAAUAAAGCCUUUCUUCUGAUGAAGACUAAUAGCAUGGAUGACAUGUUUAUGACUUUAUCUACUAUGGCAAUCCUGUAUGUUUGGCUCGAAUGCAUCAUUGACUGUGUAACUGAAUUGUUAACAAACUGAAAAUGCUGCAAUAAAUUUGUGAA